UUUUCUAGAUUACUAUCUUUUCUAAUCUUUCUCUUGUUUUGUUUCGCGUGUGAUCAUUAACUACAGGUAAAAUCUUCUAAUCCUAGUUAAUAUCACACGCGAAAUAUCAAUGAUUCAGAUCGUUGUAUUGUACCAAAACAUCAGUGUUGGGAUAGAAGAACAAGGCCAAGACAAAAUUUUUUGGUAAAGACAUCUUUUUCAAUAUUUUUGUUGUUUCUUCUGUCCACAAAAUCCAAAACUUUUUGAUUAAUCUGAUUUGAUCAAGAACUCCUACUAAUUGAUCUUCAAGAAUCUUCAAAUCCCUCAACGUCACCUUCUCUGUUUUAUAUUCUCUUUAUAAAAAAAAAGAGAAUAAUAAUAAUACAAAAACAAUUUGACCAUUUGGCUGUUGUUGUUCCUCUCAACAUAUUCUUCUGGGUUUUUGUAUAUUCUUCUUAUUUAAAAAAAAAAAAAAAAGACAAGAACGUGUUGAGCUGUUACCACUUUCUUUGGCUCUUUGUCUUUUAAAAUCUUCUUCAAGAGUUUCUCAUUUUUCUCAUUUCUCGGGAACAGAGUUUUUUUUUUUUUUUUCUUUCACUUCUUACAAUUUCGUUUAGUACAGUAACACGCGUCUCCUUCAAUCUUAAUGCUGGCAAUGAGAUCCAACUUAUAGCUCUUUGUCUUAUUUUUUUAUUUUAGUUUUUCUUAUAUCUCUUUGUCUGAAUCUAAAGAAUCCAAACAAUGGCACCAAAGUUUGAAUGGUGGGCUAAAGGAAACAACAACCGUAAAGGAACACCAGUGGUUGUAAAAAUGGAGAAUCCAAACAACUGGUCAAUGGUGGAACUUGAAUCACCUUCUGAUGAAGAUUUCUUAGUAAGAAGUCAUGAGAAGUCGAGACACAAGAACGCAAGACAACUCACUUGGGUUCUACUUCUUAAAGCUCACCGUGCAGCUGGUUGUCUCACUUCACUUGGGUCAGCAUUGAUCGCUCUUGGCACUGCUGUACGACGUCGUAUUGCUGAUGGCCGUACAGAUUCUGUUCAGAAACAGAGCACUGAGAAGAAAAAAUCGAAACUUUUCUACUCUUUCUUGAAAGUGUUUCUAUGGCUUUCUUUAAUCCUUUUGGGUUUUGAGAUUGCUGCUUAUUUUAAAGGUUGGAACUUUGGGACUUCUAAGCUUCAGCUUGAGUUUAUAUUCACUAAAGGUUUCUUUGAUUGGGUUUACACGAGAUGGGUUUUGCUUCGUGUUGAGUAUCUUGCUCCUCCGCUUCAGUUUCUUGCUAAUGGAUGUAUCGUUCUCUUCCUUGUUCAGAGUCUUGAUAGACUCGUUCUUUGUCUUGGUUGUUUCUGGAUCCGUUUCAAGAAGAUUAAACCGGUUCCUAAACCGGAUGCUGUCUCUGAUCUUGAAUCUGGUCAUAAUGGUUGUUUUGUCCCUAUGGUUCUUGUUCAAAUCCCUAUGUGUAAUGAGAAAGAGGUUUAUCAGCAAUCUAUUGCAGCUGUGUGUAAUCUAGAAUGGCCAAAAUCGAAGAUAUUGAUUCAGAUUUUGGAUGAUUCUGAUGAUCCAAUAACUCAGAGUUUGAUCAAAGAAGAGGUUCAUAAAUGGCAGAAGCAAGGUGCACGCAUUGUGUACCGUCACCGUGUUAACAGAGAAGGUUACAAAGCUGGUAAUCUUAAGUCUGCAAUGAACUGUAGUUAUGUUAAAGACUACGAAUUUGUCGCCAUUUUCGACGCCGAUUUUCAACCUUUACCUGAUUUCCUCAAAAAGACAAUUCCUCAUUUUAAGGACAAUGAGGAACUAGGAUUGGUUCAGGCAAGAUGGUCGUUUGUGAAUAAAGAAGAGAACUUGUUGACAAGAUUACAGAAUAUUAACUUGGCUUUUCACUUUGAGGUUGAACAACAAGUGAACAGUGUGUUUUUGAAUUUCUUUGGAUUCAAUGGCACGGCCGGUGUGUGGAGGAUCAAGGCUUUGGAAGACUCUGGUGGUUGGCUCGAAAGAACUACCGUUGAGGAUAUGGACAUUGCGGUUCGUGCUCACCUUCAUGGAUGGAAGUUCAUUUUCCUAAACGACGUUGAGUGUCAAUGCGAAUUACCAGAGUCGUAUGAAGCUUAUAGGAAACAACAACAUAGAUGGCAUUCAGGACCUAUGCAACUAUUUCGUCUUUGUUUGCCCGCGGUCAUUAAAUCAAAGAUAAGCAUAGGGAAGAAAUUCAAUUUGAUAUUCCUCUUCUUUCUCCUGAGGAAGCUUAUCUUGCCUUUCUACUCAUUCACCCUCUUUUGUAUAAUCCUGCCAAUGACUAUGUUUGUGCCUGAAGCUGAGCUUCCAGCUUGGGUUGUUUGUUACAUACCUGCCACAAUGUCGUUCCUAAACAUCCUUCCCGCGCCAAAAUCAUUUCCAUUUAUCGUCCCGUACCUUCUCUUCGAGAACACAAUGUCUGUUACCAAGUUCAACGCGAUGGUCUCGGGUUUAUUUCAGCUAGGAAGUGCAUAUGAAUGGGUUGUUACAAAAAAAUCAGGACGGUCAUCGGAAGGAGAUCUUGCUGGUUUAGUUGAAAAAGAUGGGAAGAAAACGAAACAUCAGAGAGGUGUGUCCGCACCCGAAACAGAAGCUGAGAAAAAGGCUGAAAAAACAAAGAAGAAGAAGAAGAAGCACAAUAGAAUAUACAUGAAGGAGCUAUCACUAGCGUUCUUGUUACUAACCGCGGCUACUCGGAGUCUUUUAUCGGCUCAAGGAAUCCAUUUUUACUUCCUCUUGUUUCAGGGGAUAUCUUUCUUACUGGUGGGUCUAGAUCUUAUUGGAGAACAAGUUGAAUGACACUCAAAGAGAUUGAAGUUAGUGCUUGUAGAGACAACGUUUUAGAAGACAGGACAUGGAGAGAAAAAAAAAGGGUCUGGACCCAAAAGAAUACAAUACAUCAUUGAACAUAGAUUGGUUUCACUAAGGAAGGACUUGGAUUAUAACUCUGUUGGUAAUAUGUCAGGUUUUAACGUCUCUCUCUUUUGGGUUUGGCCACAGUUGUUUAAUUCUUUUCUUUAAUGGGGACAAUUCUUUUGUAAGAAAGUCUUGUUCAAUUAAGAAAGCAAAUUAUUUUAGCCCUCAA